AUGACCACAGCCGCUUUGGACGACGACUCUAAGAGGCCCAAAUCCUUGAAAGGCGAGUCUUUCAAGGAUUCCUCCGCAAAUGUGAAUUACGGCACAAUCAGGGAACUGCUGCAGAGGUUGAUAGGACUACUGUCAAAAUGGGGGGUUGAAACCGAGGGGGUUGCUCCAAUUUCAAAGGACAGGCGCACAGAUACUCGUAUCUACCAGAUGUUCUGGCUUUGGUUUUCUGUCAAUUUCAAUGUCCUUGCAUUCAGUACUGGAAGUGCAGGUCCAGCAUUCUUUGGACUAGAUUUGAGGAACUCUCUGCUGAUAUUGCUUGUGGUUGAUGUUAUGUAUAUUUUUUCUAUCUCAUCGUCGCCAUGUGUUGAGACUCAACGUUCAACGCUUUACCUCAGAACUUGCAUGGUUCCCGCGUACUUUGCUGUCCUCGGUCCAAAGCUCGGUAUGCGAGGCAUGGUGCAAUCCCGGUUCUCUUGGGGCUUGUACGGUGCCAUAAUUCCAAGUUUUCUCAACGUUGUCUCGACCUUGGGAUUCCUGAUACUGAACUGUAUCAUUGGUGGGCAAAUCAUUGCAGCUGUAUCGACUAAGUUGGAUGAUACCCUCGGUAUCGUUAUCAUAUCCUUGAUUUCUCUCGUGGUUACAUUUUUUGGCUAUCGUGUGAUGCAUUGGUUCGAGAACUUUGCAUGGGUUCCUUCCGUCAUUACCUUCCCCAUCUUACUGGGCCUCGCAAACAAGCAUUUAAACCCUUCCACUAUGCCCUCCCUCCCUACUCCACCAGCCUCAAGUGUGCUAUCUUUCGCAUCAUUUGUAGCAUCGAGCGUUAUCACCUGGCACAUGAUUGGGGCAGCAUUCGCCUCGGCUGCGCCGGGAAUUCCGUCAUGGAACGAAGGGUAUGACAAUGGAAACGACCUCGGUGGCCUCCUUAGCGCCGUUCUCUCUCCGUCAGGUGGAUUCAGUAAAUUUUUACUUGUACUGAUAGCAUUAGGAACCUCUUGCGCCGUAGCGCCUACUAUGUACACAUUUGGCACGAGCUUCAUGGCAAUAACCCCUGCGUUUAGUCAUAUUCCGAGAUUCGCAUUCGCAAUUGUAGCCGAAAUAAUCCUCGUACCAUUAGCAAUAAUCGGUGCCAAAAAAUUUUACAGCACCCUUGUUGAUAUUUUGAGUGUGAUCGGAUACUGGUCGACCUCGUUCGGUGCAAUUGUCCUGAUUGAACAUUUCGUUUUUCGAAUGUCUUUCGAAAGCUAUGACAUAGAACGAUGGGAUAAUGCUGGACUCCUGCCCCCUGGUAUUGCGGCCGUUACCGCCUUCCUGGGGUCGUUUGGGAUUAUCAUUCCUUCGAUGCAGCAAACGUGGUACACUGGACCUAUCGCUGCGUCCGGUACUGGUGAUAUUGGUGUGUUUACUGGGGCAGCAGUCGCGGUGCUCCUGUACACCCCGCUGAGGGCAAUUGAACGGCGGUUAUGGCCCGGAAGGUAA